AUGCACCGUAGCCGACGGCUCGCCUCCCGGGGCCGACGCGCAGGCUGGAAGACCCGUUGGAGAAAGGAAGAGUUUUUCUUCGCAAUUCACCUCCUUCGAUUCUUCUUCUUCUUGGGAAUGGACGAUGGAAUGUUCUCGAGCUUUAUCAUGAUCAAGAACCUCCUUCUCUUUUGUAUUUCCAUGAACUUGGCCAGUCACUUUGGCUUUUCACAGAUGCCAACCAGCUCGGUGGAAGAUGAGACCAAUGACAACAUCACCAUCUUCACUAGGAUCCUGGACGGGCUCUUGGAUGGUUACGACAACCGGCUGCGCCCUGGGCUCGGAGAGCGCGUCACGCAGGUGAGGACGGACAUCUACGUCACCAGCUUCGGCCCCGUGUCCGACACGGAGAUGGAAUACACCAUAGACGUGUUCUUCCGACAAAGCUGGAAAGACGAGCGGCUGCGGUUCAAGGGGCCGAUGCAGCGCCUCCCGCUCAACAACCUGCUGGCCAGCAAGAUCUGGACGCCGGACACGUUCUUCCAUAACGGGAAGAAGUCCAUUGCGCACAACAUGACCACGCCCAACAAGCUGCUGCGCCUGGAGGACGACGGCACGCUGCUCUACACCAUGCGCUUGACCAUCUCUGCAGAGUGUCCGAUGCAACUAGAAGACUUCCCGAUGGAUGCUCACGCUUGCCCCCUGAAAUUUGGCAGCUACGCGUACCCUAAUUCCGAAGUCGUCUACGUUUGGACGAACGGCACCACCAAGUCGGUGGUGGUGGCAGAGGACGGCUCCAGGCUGAACCAGUACCACCUGAUGGGGCAGACGGUGGGCACAGAGAACAUCAGCACCAGCACGGGUGAAUACACCGUCAUGACUGCGCACUUCCAUCUCAAGAGGAAGAUCGGCUACUUUGUCAUCCAGACCUAUCUUCCCUGCAUCAUGACGGUGAUCUUGUCACAGGUCUCCUUCUGGCUGAACCGCGAGUCCGUCCCGGCCAGGACCGUGUUUGGGGUGACCACGGUGCUGACGAUGACGACUCUCAGCAUCAGCGCCCGGAACUCGCUGCCCAAGGUGGCCUACGCUACAGCCAUGGACUGGUUCAUCGCCGUGUGCUACGCCUUCGUGUUCUCCGCGCUCAUCGAGUUCGCCACGGUCAACUACUUCACCAAGAGGGGCUGGGCCUGGGACGGCAAGAAGGCCUCAGAAGCGGCCAAGAUCAAGAAAAAGGAGCGGGAACUCAUACUAAAUAAGUCCACGAAUGCUUAUACCACCGGGAAGAUGACCCAUGCCCCCAACAUCCCAAAGGAGCGGACCGCGGCAGGGACCUCCAACACAUCCUCGGCCGCGGUCAAUCCUUCCGAAGACAAGACCCCCGAAAGCAAAAAGACUUACAACAGCAUCAGCAAGAUCGACAAAAUGUCCCGAAUUGUGUUCCCAGUCCUCUUUGGCACUUUCAACUUGGUUUACUGGGCAACCUAUUUGAAUAGGGAGCCGGUGAUCAAAGGGGCCAUGUCUCCAAAAUGA